AUGGCCGACUUAACUGGUGUGGCAGAAGUCGAAGUUGAGGUGGAAACUAUGGUUGAACCUCACCAAGAAGUUCAAAUUGAGACACAGCCGAUGAUAGCCCUUCAGCCUCUGACCGAGCCUGAGAACGAAGAAAUCGUAGUUCAAACAACGGAAGAAGUUAUCGAGGAGUCAAAACACGCCAUCGUUGAAGAAGUGUCUAUUUCUACGACGCCUUCAGGCAAACAGAGAAAAAGCAGAGGAACAAGGACUAAAGGUCUGGGCAGAUCGGGAAAGGGUCAUGUUAACUCUACUACAUCGAGUGCGUCAAACGCCUCGAACAGUGAGAGAGGGGGUGGUAAUGGAGAAAGUGAACGCUCAGGUACGCGCAAAUGGGAACAAAAGCAAGUACAAAUAAAGACUCUUGAAGGCGAAUUCGCCGUCACAAUGUGGGCGUCGGGUACGUUCUGUAAAAUGGGCGCCCUUACUUUUCAGAUUAAGUUGGUUUUAAGCUUAAAUGCUGUUGCGAGGCGAGGAAAUCUUAUGUUUUUUAAUUUGUGUUUCUUCCCUGUACGUGCUAUGGUGACGCUGUAGAAGAGAAAAAAGCUCAACAGGAGGAAUUGAAUCAGUCUCCCGACUUCACGGAGUACAUGACAGGGAAGAAGAUACCUCCUGGAGGCCUUCCUGGAAUUGAUUUAAGUGAUCCAAAGCAGUUAGCAGAGUUUGCAAGGUAAGGUGACUUUUCGUCCAGUUUGGCAGCCAUGUUGAAAUCCCAUGACAAACAGCAGCCUUUGUUCAAAACCAAAAUGGCGGACUUCAUCAUGGCGGCCGCUCGUUCGAUGCAAAGUGAAAAUUUCGAAUUCUUCAUUUCAGCCUCAUUGUACGAUUUGUAUGAACGAGUAAAUCAAUGAAACUCAUGUUAAAGAAUUUUUCUGUGUGUGUUAGUCACCUCUUUUUGCGUUCAACAUUCAAAAUAGAAUAUCGAGGUUUUUGACAAACAAAGGGAUUUGCCUUCCGCCACGAAAUUAUUAUUGAGAAUCAAGUUGCUUGAAUAGUGCUUUAAUUUUCACCGCAAGUUCUUGUAACAGACUAUGAAUUUUUUCCAUCAAAUGCAUUUGAAUUGCCUGUCUGGCAUUAUUUUUGGUUGUAACUCAGAAAGAAGUCUCUAAUUUUGAUUUUUUCCCUAAAAGAGUCCAAAAAAUCAUACUGCAAACAUUACCUCACUAAUGCAAAGUGUAGCACAAAUGAAAGAGUGAUGAAAAUAUGAAAAUUCGUUUGAGUUGACUGUUUUUAGAUUGGAUGUAUUUAUUAAUGUACAAUUCCUAUAGCAUGACACAUUUGCACUUAGUUAUCUAACUGUCCUCAUAUAUUUUCCAUUACAUUUUAAAUUUCUCUGAGAUGCACUUUUUCAUUUUAUUAAAUUUCUGUAAAUGAAUCUUGAUCAGAGAAGGACCUUAUCAGAAUAUUAAAUGUAAUGUGUGAAUUUUUCAGGUUUUAUUUUCAAGUCUUAACUGUUACAGCCUUUUUGUGCUGUUGUAAAUGUACUUCAGUAAUCCUUGAAUUUUGCUUCUAAUUAACAUGGGCUGUGCCCACCCUUUGUAAACACUUAUGAAUGACCCACACGUGUUGAUCAAGCACAUUAUCAAUUUGAUCCUUUGCUAAGGGAAAAGAGCUAAAAAAGAGCAGUCUAAUAUUUAGACUUUAUUAUUGCUUUUAUAGUCAAGAUGUCAUUUAUGCUUUAUGAGUAAUAAAAAAAAAAAAGUAAUGUGUAGAAAAAACAAAAGAAAACUAAUUCUUGUUUCUUCGAAGUUCUCCCAAAAGGCCAGAGAAGCAAAUUUGUUAAAAAGAUCUGUAUUGACCAAUUGACUCUUUGUUAUGCAAACUUAACAAUAUGUAAAAAAAGGUGUAAAUUUCGUAUAACAAGCACUGUGAAAAAUGUAGAGCCUACUACUAGGUACCUUUACUGGAAGAAAAAAAUUCUAAAUUCUGUGAAUAACCAAUGGAAGCGCUUAGAUGAAUUAGAGAAUUUUAGACAAAUCAUCACCAGUCUACAUGUAACUAGCCUGUCUACAGACGUCCCCCCUCCCUCAGGAAAAAUCGGGAGAGGAGACGUCUGUGAAUCGCCGUCGUUAAUCGUGUUCCGGUAUAAAUUUGCAUAAAUUAUUUUUUGUUCUUUGGCUGACAGUUGAAAAGGCACAGGUAGAUCGAAAAAUAGCUCUGGCGUCUGUGCACAGGCUAGAUGAACAUCUUCACGUUGAAGAUGAUUACAGCCAGGUCAAGUGUGCCUCCCAAGAUCCAUUAAUGUAUUUAUUAUUCGAAAUUAAGUUGAACCGUUGGUAGUUGUAGAUUUCAGAUUCAUCUCUGUGUGCAUUUUUGCAUGCGUAAUGAGCUGUGAAUUCACACGCGAUUUAGUUACGAAAUUUGUACCGGCUCAGUUUCCCUGAAUUUGAUGUAAAUGUCUUCUAAGGCAUUUAAUCCAUUCAAAGAUUUUCAAUCUGACCAAAUGCAGAGAAGUUCUCUUAAAAUAUUCACUGCUCAUUACGCAUACAGGAAUGCCGAUUUAAAUUUGACACCAGUUAUGGGAACGACUAACAGAUUCAUUUUUUCAAAUAAUCAAUUCAUUAACAGAAUCUUUUUGGGGUAAGCUUGACCCGCGGCCUUGGCUGUUAACGUUGGAUUUUGUAUGCCUUCUCUUUUAUUUACAAUAUUGACCAGUACAGACAGAUGCAUCCGCAACCGGUGCAGCAAACAUCGGUGGUCUUACCUUCUCAUGCCUUUUCGAGAGAGCCGAAAUACAAAUACCGGUAAACAAAUAUGAAUGUCCACAUAGGCUGAGCUUUUCCCCGGGGAAUCUAUUCUGAGGUUCAUUCACCAAUCACAACACCGGAAAUUAUUUGCGUCAUGGUAUUAACAUUACAACCAAUCAGAGGCUGUCCCCAACAUUCCGGGGAAACGGGAACACGAUUAUCGUCGGUGAUUCACAGAUGUCUCCUCUCCCGAUUUUUCCUGAGGGAGGGGGGACGUGUGUACACAGGCUACAUGUAACCAGCCAAACAACAAUGGUUAACUGUAAGUUCUUGUCAUUGUGAGAUUUUACAAAAUGUAUUUUAUACUCUCUGUCUUUUAGAAUGAGGCCCAAGAAAAUGAAGGAAGAGGAAGGAGCCAGAACGAUAGCAUGUCCACAUAAAGUAGGUUCUCUCUUUCUGUUCAUGAAAUUUAAUCAAUGGUGUUCUACUAUGCGGUCUCUGAAGACUCAGCUGGGCUACAUGAAACAAGAAAAUGGCUGUUCAUUCUUUAGGAGAAAAUACUCUGCACUACUCUGCCCCACCCUGACAUUGUUUCUUGUAGUUUUGCCACUUGUUCACAAUAAAUUAUUUUAUUUUGUCUCUUCACUGAGUUGGAUCGCCACUGUUAACUCUUUAGUGAACUAGCAUCACCUUUAGUUGGGAAUCAAUUACUCUCAGGUGCUUAGUGCUGGUGAAAUAAAGUUACAGGUGUAAGGUCCAGCUUGUGUUUAGCUAGACAUCUUACCUUGCCAGAGAGUAUAAGAUCUUGUUAUAACCACUUGCAGUUGAAAAGUCUCACUUACAAUGUAUAUAUGUACCAGUUUUUUCAUAUUCAGAACCAAGAGCUCAAACUGAGGACACAAUAGCUGUUUUAAUUCAUUGUCUCUCUGGUGUGGUUGAGUUGAAAAGGAUUUAUUGAAGAGGCAAAACCACAGUUAAAUGGAUGGGUAAAUGUGUAGUGGAAGGUUCCGUAAACUCUUUUGUAGCAAUGAGCUUAUUUGUCUGUUGUUUUAUUCUUAGGGUUGUACAAAGAUGUUUAGAGAUAAUUCUGCGAUGCGAAAACACUUACAUACUCAUGGGCCACGAGUUCACGUCUGUGCAGAAUGUGGCAAGGUACAUAUCCUCAUCUCCAAUGGUGUAUUUAACAUGAUUUUGACUUUUUGAACAUAUUUAGGGUGGCCAGGCAGUGAAUUAAAUAGCUGGGGAUUUCUUUUGGUUUUAUUUUGCUUCUAUUUUCCUACAAAAGUAGCUGUGGGGUCACAAUCCUAAAAGGUGGGGGAAGUCCCACCUGCCAGCCCUUAAUGACAGCCUUGAUGAUAACAUAUAUAUUAUUAUUGUUUUCCACACUUGUAUCGUCAUUGUCUAAAUUUGGUUUUGUUUUUCAUGGGCUAAUCAUGCAGGCUUUUGUGGAAAGUUCGAAGCUCAAAAGACACCAGCUCGUUCAUACUGGAGAAAAACCUUUCCAGGUAAGUUUUGCCCCAUUAUUAAAUCAAUGAGCUCAUUGUAUUUUAGAUACUGGUUUGUGCAAAGUUUGGAUUAAAAAAAACAAUCCAGUCAAAAUAUGCUGGCAGCUGGCAAUUUUGCCACUUUCAGUGGCAUAUAGAUUUAUUAACAUUGAAUAAUGACCACACAAAUUUAGGUCUUUGCGGCCUGUUUCUGUUGUUAUCUGGCCUACUAUUAUAAAGCAUUUUGAAUGGCCUGAAAGUAUAGAUGGUAAAUGAUAUCAUGGUUAAUUUGGUAAUUGUUGACUUAGAUUGUUGUUGUUUUGUCCCUACAGUGCACAUUUGAAGGCUGUGGAAAAAGAUUUUCUCUGGAUUUUAACCUUCGAACCCAUGUUCGCAUUCACACUGGUGACCGCCCAUAUGUCUGCCCUUUUGACUCCUGUAAUAAAAGGUUUGCGCAGUCAACAAACCUCAAGUCACACAUCUUGACACACGCAAAAGGAGGAAAAUAGAAUUAACCGCUCAAGGACAUUGACAAUUUGUGUACAGAUUUUCAGGAAUGAAACCUUUUUAGACUUAUUUACAAAACAAAGUCUUUGGUUCUGUAAGACAGCUAGGACCUCUUAGAUAAUACGUUGUACAUUUUACACUCAUAUGACCAGAUGCUAUUUACUUACACAAUCCAGCAUAGCAAAACGUCCACCAUACAUUCGACUUUCCAUUGCUGGAGACUCUCCCUCUAGAGAUUGGAAGUUGAAGUGGAACAGACACUAACCACAAGGAGAUGUUCUUAGAAGUGGACUUUUCAAGGCUGUCAUGUUAGAUUUUAAGCUAGUCAGCCCCAGGGAAAGGGCUUUAAUUUAUCAUCGUAUCAGCAGAAAAACAAACCAUUCCUUUUGUCAGGGAUAUUGUUUGUUUCACUCUGCAGACUCAAAUUGUUGGAUUUGCAUCUUACGAACAUACUUUUAAGCCCAUGUUUUCAAACAAGGUUGACUCAUUCUUUUGACAGAAAGUGUGAUUGCAAAAACAGGAAGAGCUUAAUUUUUAUUCCAGGCGCGUGAUGGUACCUUAUGAUUCUAAUAUUUAUAGGAUCCUGUCGAAAAAAAGGCUAUGUCUUGCACUGAGAGUGUUUUUAGCCUUGUUGACUUCAAAGGUUUAGACUAAGAAAAUCAACUUCAUUUAUUGAAAGGAUGUGAUAAUAUACAGUGAUGUAAUCUAUCUUAUAAUGUACCAAAUGUUCAAGUACUGUUAUUGUCAAACUUAUUGAUAACUAUAAAGUUAAAGCUAUUUUAUCUUGAUUCUGAGAGUGACCUCGGUUAUGGUAGUCAAACUGCAAGGAAUUCAAAAACUGUCUUAGAUCCCAGUCAGUGUCUUCACACAUUGUUACUUUCAGCGCAUUUAUACUUAACAAAACUUGACAAUGAAAUGCACAUUCGUGAUAUUUAAACUCAAAUUAUAAAGUGGUGUUUGCCUUCUGGGGACGAAAGGCAUGACAAAGCCCUGAGAAUGUCUGUGUAGGAUGCCAUAUAGCAGGUGUUGAUCCAGGAAAAAAAUGUGAUCGUUUCCUACUAAUAUGGGCACCAGGUGCCCCCUUCUAGCAGAAUCCAGGGACAUGCAGCAACCCCAAAAUAUAAAUUUGAACUCCUGAAAAGUUAUUUUCCUUCCAUUGGGUCUUCACCUCUGCUUUAGGCCAUAAAUAAAUUGCAGCAUAAGGGCAGUUGCUUACUUGUUGUCUUAAAGUCGACAUAGAACAUGGAUUUGAAGAGGGGCUACAUUUAGAGAAACAAGCUGAAAUGAAUAUGAUUUUGCUACGUACCUGGUUCCAGUAAUAUUGUAUUGUUUUGUGAAAGUAUAGAACUCCUUUACUAUAAAAACCUGUUUUCCAUUGAUUGUGAUGAGGAGAGCCUUUCUUUACUGAAACUUGCUGGGUGUGUGGUCACCAUGCCAUGCAAAAUACAACUUAGUAGCUGACCUGUUAAUGUCAAAAUAUAAUUCUGUACAUCUCUUGAUUGUUGAUUUUGUAGAUACAAAUGUUUCAAGUUCUCUUGUGUGUAAAUAUGUGUUUGCUUAUUUUGUCAGCUUCUUCAUUACUAGUGUAAAGUGAAGGGAUUGGUGGAUUAAGUAACUGAAGGGUCGAAGUUUUGAAAUUUAAGACAAGCAUGCAAUAUUAUUAUUGUAUACCAAAUUAAUAAAGUAACAAUGUGGACUGUUCAGUCAGGAAAAUGUUUUUAUUUUCCUUUCCAGUAUCAUCAUGCAGGGC